CCGAACGUGAGAAACCGCCUCUCACUCCCCUGCUAAAUCCUCUCUCUAAACUCCCUCUCUGAUCUCAUCAAUGCAAUGGAGGAGACUCUAAACUCCCUCUCAACAGACUACCUUAACCUCCUCGUUGACGGCCAGGCAUUCUCCGACGUCACGCUGUCAGCGUCGAUGCGCCGCCCUCAUCCACCAGCCCACCCUGCGUCCUCGCAGCGCAGCCUCUUCUUCCACAAAUUCUUCUGCAGUCUGCAACGUGCCACAUUGCCUACACAGUACCCUACUACUAAUGCUUCAGUCGUUGGUGUCGUCCCCGUGAAUUCUGUGAGCUAUGACGUAUUCUUGCUAGUCCUGCAGUUUCUGUACAGCGGGCGGAUCUCUUUCGCGCCCUUGAAUCACGAGCAGUCAGCCGUCGACCUGGUCCUUGACGUGCUUAAUGCCGCGAGGUCCUUCGACGUCGAGCAACUCGUUAUGCUCGCACAGAAGGAGCUAGAGAGCAUCGUGGAAAAUGCCUCCAUUGAAGAUGUGACGAAGGUCCUCCUCGCCUCAAGAAAUCAAGAGCUGCACCAUCUGUGGACAACCUGCUUGCACCUUGUGGCCGACUCCGACCUUUCCCCAGAGAUCCUCACUAAAACCCUCCCCAUUGACGUCGUCGCCAACAUCGAAGACCUCCGAAUCAAAUCCUCCCUUGCCCACCAUUCCUCCCCCUUCCAUCAAACCAGCCACUAUCAAAUCCACCGCAUGCGUUGUGCCCUUGAUUCCUCAGACGUAGAGCUUGUCAAGCGGAUGGUAAUGACCGAAGGUCUCAACCUGGACGAUGCCCUCGCACUGCACUAUGCUGUUCAGCAUUGCAGCAGGGACGUCGUAAAGGCGCUGCUGGAGCUCGGCAUGGUCGAUGUCAACUGUGCCAACGGUCUAAGCGGGAAAACCCCGCUGCACGUGGCGGCAGGGAUGGUGAGCCCGGACAUGGUGUCCGUGCUUCUCGACCACCAUGCGGAUCCAACUGUCAAGACCCUCAACGGCAUGACUCCAGUUGACAUCCUUCGGUCGAUGAAUGCAGAUUUUUUGUUUGAGGGUGCAGUGCCACGGAUGAGGCACGUUGAGCGUAAUAAGGUGAGGUUUUGUCUUGAGCUCGUGCAGUCGGCGGCAAUGGUAAUGUCAAGAGAGGCAUCAGCCGCAGCCGCGCCGCCGAUGGCAAGGAGGGGAGAUGAUGAGAGUAGGGUUGUGAGCUUGAGCUUGGAUUCAAGAAUGGUACAGCUGAACUUGGGGAUGGAGUCCCAAUGCAGUGACACGUUCACUCAUCAUCAUUUACCCUAGUUGAGGCAUUGCAACUUAUACAAAUUGCAACUGUUUUUCUUCUUCUUACUUUGGACAUUGAUUAGCAUUGUUUAA